GUAUUUAUUCUAUUUUUGUUUCUGCAUCAAACAAACUCAUUUACGCAGGAAAGUAAAACACAACGCAACAGAAUGGUCGAAAACAAUCAAAGUAACCAAAACACAAAACCCAUCACUCCCAAUCCAACACCAUUUCCUCAUGAACCCUUUCUCAAGAGAGGAAUACAAGAACAUGAUACUGGUGCUCAUUACAUGCCUCUCUUACCUCUCCAAUCCCAUGCUUCUUCAUCUUCAUCUAAGCGCACUAGACUCUACAACUUCGAUGAUAAGUCUUAUCACCCAAAUUUUGAUCCUAAAGGAAAAAAACCAAUCACCGAUGAUAACAAUAUCAUUAUUAUCAGUGACACUGACAGUGACGACGGCGGUGAUGAAAAACAGAAGAAGGAAAUAACAGAAAAUCAAAUACCUUUGGCUCUUGAUACCAAUGCUUAUAACAUUGACAGUGAAAGUGAUGAUACCAAUGAUGAUACUGAUGAUGAUGAUGAUGAUGAUGAUGAUGAUGAUUAUAGCACCGAUGAUGAGACUCCGAGGAACAAGUACAAGAUCCAAAUAAACCAAUACGAAUACGAAGAAUGGAGGAGACUUUGGCACAACCGUAUGUACAGAGACUCUGCAAAGAGAUAUGUACCACGAUAUAAUAUUCCAUUCGGGGCAACGAUAACUUAUGUCCCUCGAACGAAAUAUGAAAAUUGUGGUUCUCCAACUCCUUUCUCUGAAGCAAUGGAAGUUAUUCAAAAACGAGUCCUCAAAUGCAAAUUAGAUGAUUGUUUUGAUGAAUUACCUACAUGGUUUCCCAAAAGGAAUUAUGGAGAAGAAUUGGUUUUGGAAAGGUCUAGUGUUCCUUCAUUGCAAGAACUUUCACUUAACAUUCUUGCUAAACAUGCUGAUGCAAUCGUUUCACUUGAUGGUGUUUCGGAUGAGCUUCAACAAAAGCUUUGCAAAUUGGUGUGUGACUACAGAAAAAUGAAAGGUCACUUUCUUGAACUAUUUCUUAGAGAGUUUCCAACUGAAGUUCGGAUUAAAGAUUGCUCCUGGAUGACAGAAGAAGAGUUUACUAAAUAUUUUGGAAGGUUGGACCCUUCCAUAUUGGAGGUGAUACAACUUGACCAAUGUGGAAGAAUUAUAACUGAUGAUACAUUGCUUGUUACUUUGGCAAGGUCACCAAACAGCUUGGCUAGAUUGAUUAGUCUAUCACUCAGCGGUGCAUGCCGUCUUACUGAUAAGGGCUUGCAAUCACUAGUUUCUUCUGCAACAGCACUUAGAUCCUUAAAUCUAAGCCAAUGUUCCCUUCUCACAUUUCCAAGUCUUAAUAUUUUGGCUGAUUCAUUAGGAUCACUUUUGAAAGAGUUGUAUCUUGAUGAUUGCAUACUCAUUGAUGCUACUAAAAUUUUGUCGGCAUUGAAGCGACUCAAACAAUUAGAAGUGUUGUCACUGGCUGGUGUUUCUACAGUUAGUGAUGAAUUUAUAAAGGACUACAUCAUUGCAUGUGGUCACAAUAUUAAGGAGCUUGUUUUAAUGGACUGUGUAAAUUUGACGGAUGCAUCGAUGAAAGUCAUUGCUGAACAUUGUCCUGGGUUGCAUGCUCUUAAUCUUAUGAACUUAAACAAAUUGACGGAUUUAUCCCUAGAAUAUCUUGCAAAUUUUUCUCAGGCAUUGCGUACAUUGAAGCUCCGCCGCAAUCCAUUCAGCGAUGAAGCGGUUGCUGCAUUUUUGGAGAUAAGUGGAAAAUCCUUGGAAGAACUUUCACUUAAUAGCAUUAAGAAGGUUGGCCUACAGACAACCUUAUCACUUGAAGACUUGGCCAAGAAUUUGCAUACCUUAGAUCUAUCAUGGUGUCGAAAUUUGACUGACAAUGAGCUCGGUUUUAUUGUCGAUAAUUGCUUGUCGCUGAGGUUACUUAAACUUUUUGGAUGCUCACAGAUAACAGAUGUUUUUCUUAAAGGGCACUCAAACUCAAAGGUUCAGAUUAUUGGAUUGAGGUUGAGUCCUUUAUUGCAGCAUAUGGAAGGGCCUAAUCCUCGUCAAGGUGUUUUGCGUUAUUCAUCAGUCUCACAGUAGACUUUGAAACCCAAAUGAAGUGUAGAUGGUGAGAUUUGGCAUAACUUGUUGAUCUAGUAGAAGUACAGUCAACUUUUUUUUUUUUUAAUAUGGUGUUAAGUGUUAAUUGAAGAGACAUGAAGUGUUAAUUUGGCAUAACUGGUUUUUCAUUUUUACAAGUUUAUGAGAAUACCAGCGCAAGAUUUGAAAAUUUGUGAUUUUAUGAUUUUGAUGUUUGUUUUACUCA